GUGUCUGUGCAUUCCAGCGGAAGUACACCGUCUCCACUACCUGUGCGCGUCUCCACCUUGACGCGCAGGUAGCACGGUUUUAGGACAAAAACUUUGGUCAAAGUGUCAUUUCGCACAGAGACUUCUCACAAAGGCAAAGAUGGAUUAAAAUAAGCCUGUGUCAUCCUGAAGAGCAGUGUGUCUGCGGUGAGGGCCAGCUGUUCGACGAGCCAUGUCAGUGGGCAGUGCUGGUGGUGGUGUGAGGUACUCUGGGUCAGGUGUCUCCAGGCAUGGCAUCAGCCGCAGCAGCAGCCAGAGGUCAUCCUACGAGGAGCGCUGCGUGGACCCAGUCGAAACUUUACCUUACACCCAAGAACCUAAGUCCACACAUAAGGCCGACCCGAGGGACGCCAAUGGCAACAAGUGUGAGACUAUUGGCUUCAUCCCUGGUGCAGCCGAGCCCACCUCCACGUCACCAAGCUGCAACCCCUGUGCUUCACCCCAACGCUGCCGCAGUGUCUUUUGCACAGUCCUGACUUGUGGCCUGUACCGGUUCUGCCAGAAUUCCUCCCUCGCUCCCUGCCUUGCGCCCAAUGAGAGCUCCCCAGAUGAGCCAGAGAAAAUAAGUCUCAGAAAUGCCAAGACAAAAGAUAAUACAGAGGAGGAUGGGAAGGACUGGCUGAACGAUGUGCACAUUGCUGGAGUCAGAGUAGAAAAGUCCAUUGAGUACUCUGAUGAGCCUAUAACCCUGUCCUCUGGUGUGUCCUCCCCUGGAGUGGUCACUAGCUCGUCUCUGCAUCAGUCCAUGGUAUUUGAUGACUGGGAGGAGGAGGAUAUAGAGGAUGUGGAUACUCUCUUCACAAAGAAGCUUCUGGAGCUGUACUCAGAGUAUCAGAUAGAGGAGCUGGCUCGCUGCACCACGGACUCUGUGUUUCGAAGGAAGACCAAAGACAUCAACCAGCUCAUCAACUCCCUGGCCGAGGAGCACCAGAUGGAUGAGCAGGAGGUAGAGUGCCGCCUGGUGAGGGGCAUCAUCCGCAUCAGCACCCGCAAGAGCAAAAAGAAGCCCCACAUCUCCAAAAGGGAGAGGACCCUGUCUGACAGCGGCCACGAGACCAUGAAGGAGAGCGGGUCCACCUCAUUCAGCAACAACAAUGACUACAAAUCCAGCCUGAACAUUCAAAUAUCUGAACAGACCCCAUCCGAUAAGUAUGCCCGGCAGAUGUGGAGGAACAGUGAAGGUCAGUCAUCUGUUUCUCCAACGUCCUUUUCGCCGUCCACUACAGAGACGUCUUCAGGUGUCCACUCUGCUGUGAGGACAUGAGGCCACACUACUGCAGGAUGCUGCGCCUGGUCUCCAUGGUAACAUGAUGGAGAGAGGACAUUGAACUAUGGGAGGAAUGUGAAGUACUUGGACAAACUCAGGGCCUAGUGUGUAGAAGUUCAUGUGUGGUGCAACUGUGUAGAUUUGAAGGAUAGAAUUUGAUGCGUCUUUUUAUGGCCGUCCUCCUCUUUUACUGAAGGAACCAAAAACUACAUUUUAUCAUGUCACUGCUUUUGUAUUAAGUCAAACAAUGAACCAAUUAUGUGCCUCUAGUGCUUCUUUUUUAUUCAGCUACACUUAUAAAAUAUGUUGUAUAUUUAUAAUUUAUAAAAUGUGUAUUUGCUUUUAAAUUAAAUACUUGCGUAAUUUAAAUGUAAUGAGUAGUAAGGUGGUCAAAUGCCAAAACUGCAAUAGCGAUAUCACCAGAUUUUUAAUGUUCAAUUGUAGGGCUAUCAAAUUAUUUUAGACACAAAACACAAAUAAAAACAAUUAAUUCAUCAGACUUUUGUAGAUUAUCUAAGGUCAGACAUAAGAGAUGCACACUUGUUUACUAUGGCAGACUGAAGUUAGACUGGUGCCAAAAAUGCAAAUGCCCUGUUUUUUUUUUUUUUUGCCUUGUUUGUGCUAAAUAAAACCAUUAGAUAGUUUCACUCAAAAAAUGUGAUUUUUCAAAAACUGCUGCAUCGUUGUGCUGUUGUGCAUUUGUUGCAAUAGAGAAGCUUAUACUUUAUUAAUCAAAUGUAAGGAUACUUGAUUGUAUGGAUGCCUUAUUGUGUCUUUUUCAAUAAGUGAGAAAUGCAAAUAUGGCUAUAAUAUUAUGCCUUCAGUUUGUUACCCAUGUUGAAGUUGAAAUGAAUAUUGUUUCUCAUUUCUUUUGUUCUGUGCCUCAUGUGGAAAUUUGUCCAACUGCAACAUGUACUUAUUUUUCAUUAGCCUUAUCAUUAUUUCCGUAUAACUAAGUCCUUUAGUAAUUUCUAAGGUUGAUAUGUGUGUUAAAGAAAUGCUGCUAAUGCUUGUAAUAAAUCAUUAUGAAACUGGUU